AUGGUCUCGACUUCUCGACUUCUCAACUUCCAUGUUCUAAAGUUCCAGGGUGAUAUCCUGCUGUUCUCUCUACCCUGCAAAUCUCCAAUGCUUCCUCACGCCAAGUUCUGGAAGUCAGAAACCGACCGCAAGGUCCUGCCAGCACCAACCACCAUCGUCCCAUUCGCCGGUCGCAUCGGCGCAAACCAAGAGUUCUCCCUCGACAAAACCAACUGCGCCCAAGUUGAGAUCCUACAAAAGUUCCCAGACGCCGCACCCUGGAUUCCAUUGCGCGAUGCCGUCUCAUUGCAACACUUCCUCCAACCUGAGCUGUGGAAGGCCGCGACGAUCGAGGCAGUUGGUCCUACAUUCGCGACUGGAGCCCUGGUGCCCAGUCUCCUUGGCGGAGUGACGGCAAUCCUGGUCCUGCCGCUGUUGAUCUUCGCCACGGGUCCGGUCUCCGGUGCUCAUUUGAAUCCGACAAUUACCAUCGCGACGUUCUUUGCACGCCUGGCGACGCUGCCGCGAUGUAUUCUCUAUGUCGCGUUUCAGACGCUCGGGGGGACGAUAGCGGGUCUGUUGUUGAGAGCGAGUUUCGAUACGAGAUCGUUCACCGUGCCUGGUUGCUAUAUGGAUUCGACCAAAGUCUCGUCGGGGAAUGCCUUCGCGAUAGAAUUCACCACUGAUUUCGCGUUGAUCUUUACUGCAUUUGGAGUUGGAUUGGAUCCUCGACAGCGCUCAGUGUUUGGCCCCGCCUUGGGUCCCAUAUUUGUUGGCAUCACGUUGGCGACAUGCACAUUUGUGACGGGCUUUAGCCGAGUGGGCUACACUGGAUUCUCUGGGAACCCUGCGCGAUGCUUCGGGGCAAUGGUUGGCUCGCACUUUGCUUCUUAUCACUGGGUUCACUGGGUAGCACCACUGUGUGCCUCCAUUGUCCAUGGGAUAGUGUACUAUCUGGUUCCGCCAUACUCCCGGGGGAGAACUCCCCCUGCGAGCGAUGGCUCAUCUUGA